AUGGAAUCAGAUUGUAUUGCAAACAUGGAAUGCAUCAAGAGUAUUUUAACCAAUGUGGUGGAUACUGAUGAUGAUAUCAAAUUCUUAGGAUCGAUAACAACAAAAGUAAGAAGAACAGGUAAAGAAGCAGAUGAAAGUUUGCGACCAGCAAAAAAACUAAAAGUGAAUUCAAAUGGGUGUAAUGGAAGGAAUACACUCUGGCCAAAUUUGCCUAAUAGAGUACAAGAUGCUAUUGCAAUAAAACUAGAACCUUCUAAUGAACCAGAAGCAAUUUCUUCACGAAUGAUUAUAAUCGAACAGUUGUGA